AUGGCACACCAAGGGAAGUUCUCCAAAAUCACCCAAUUGCUUCUGAUAGGAGCUUUGUUGUUUGCUUAUUCGUCGGCAGAAGUCAAAAACCAUUACAUUUAUGGAAAAUACGUUAAGGAUCUGAAGCGCUUCGAUGCGUUACAUAAAGCCCUGCUAGCUCCGAAUGUUUCAAAGCUGGUGGUGUUCUCCAAUAAUGUGUGCGACGACUGCACCAUAUUCGAGGAGACCUUGCAGAUUGCGUCCCGGAAAAUAAAGGCGUGGGAUCGGUUCGUACGAGUCUACUUCUUCGACUGCAGCCAGGAGACAAAUGUGCGGGUGUGCCAAGAGUUCGACAUCCGUAAAGAGCCAUCUUUGCUCUUUUUUCCACCCCACUAUACGGAUAUGACCAGGGGCAUCGUACUCUCCACUACCGAACCCAUAGCCCCCCAAGUGGCCGCCCAAGUGGCGAUCAAUACAAAGGAGGACAAGAAAGACGGCGUGAACUUUAAGCCCCUAACGGCAGGCGAGGAUCUGAAGAGCCUCAUCAAGAAGUAUCUUUUGCUAAUUUUCCAGAAGAACGACACGGAAGUGGGCACCAUGACGCUCCUGGCGUUGUCAAACGUGCCCGAGAUCACCGUAAGAAUUGUCAAGGAUGCGGCGGUGAUGGAGAAGCAAGCUCCUGGCUUGAAGGUGGCUCUCUUCGAUAGCCAUUUGAAGAAAGUAAAUUUGUCGUUUAAAGAAGAAACCAGUGAAGACAUUGUGGAAAGUGUGUCAAAGUUGAUAUCGCGAAAAGCUCGGCGCCGUACAGGCAUUGGGAAAACCCAUUACUUUCAACCAAAAAUGGUGGACACUAUCGACGACUAUUACCAUGAGACGAUAGAGAUGGUCAUUGACACCCUCAACGAUAGAUCCGUAAUCUAUCGCGCUGACUUGGAACAGGCUCUGAUGAGGAUAUUGCACAUGGAGAUUCCCAAGAUGCGAACUCCGAGCGGAAUGCGGUUGGUGGCCCUUCGGAAUUGGGUAAAGCUCAUCUCGGAGGUGAACCCUCUUAACACGAAGGGCAGAACAGUGCUGAAGCAGUUGAACAAGUGGAUGGAGGGCGAAAAGAAACCUUCGGGAGACCAGUUUCUGGAGACGGUGUAUUCCCUGGAGAACGCCAUCGGAAAUGUCUUUAAGGGGCGGCACUACGUUGGCUGUGCUGCGACGAAACCCUUCCUGCGGGGCUAUCCUUGCGCCCUGUGGGUUCUUUUCCACUUCCUCACCGUGGAGGCGGCCAAGGAGCCGGUUCCCUUUAAGCCCGGCUUUGUGAUCCGCACCAUUAGGGACUUUGUCCAGUACUUUUACUACGACUGCCCUUACUGCGCCAACGAGUUCAUGAAAAUUUCCAGGGGCAUGGAUCAUGUGACUACCCAUGAGGACGAGAUCCUAUGGCUCUGGGAAGCGCACAACAAGAUGAACCUCAAGCUUGUUGGCGACGGCACUGAGGACCCCAAGUUCCACAAGGUUCAGUAUCCCCCCAAGGAACUUUGCCAUGAGUGCAUGGAUCAGACUUGGAACAAUGCCAGUGUGCUGAGUUUCCUGACGAGCAUUUACAACCUGAAAAGCUUGAGCUUCUUUGGACUACCCACCAUGACAGGAUACUAG